AUGGUAUCUACCUUAAAUUUAUCCUCAAUGCUUCUACUUUUGGGGUACUUGGGCUCUGCUGCUGCUGCUGCUGCUGCUGCUGAGCACAAUACUUCCUCAUCAUUAUUAUCAGCCGGCCCAAUCAAGAUCGCAUUUCAAGUUACCAGAAUUGAUGAAUCCAAGAUUAAAACCAUGGAUAAUAUUCCCAAUAAAAUCCUCAGAAACAGACGUCGUAAAUUUCGUCAACAAGACUAUGUUGCUUCUGCUUUGACAUCUGAUAUUUCUGCUGCUGCUGUAACUUAUGGUGCCGAUGAUUUGCUCCCCGAAUCUAUGUUUUCACCAGAAACUAGCCUGGAAACAAUGUCAUUUUUAGAUUUUAGUGAUCUAGUUUCUGAAUUAAUUCUGCCAGAUGCUCACACAAGAAGUACAGAAACUGUUGCACCACUUAUUUCUAUCACAGCAGAGGGGACCACUCCAAAUUCCGGACCUAGUUACUCAUCAUUGGCUUUGUCAUCAACGCUUUCUACCAAUAUCAUUUCUGACACUACCUUAAAGACUUCUGCGGCUUCUUUUUCUGCAUCCAUCUCCAAAAGUAGCUCAUCUGGUAUUAUUUCUGAUACCACCUUGAAGACUUCUACAGCUUCUUUGUCUGUAUUCACCUCGAAGGCUUCUGCUUCUUCGUCUACAUUCACCUCCAAAACUAGCUCAUCUAGUAGUUAUUCUGGCUCAUCCGCUUCCAACACUUAUGAUACCUCAUCGGCAACUUCCUCAGGAGUGGCCGUCUCCAUCGAAAAUGAAUACUCAAUGUACAUUGCCACCAUUCUUCUCGGUACUCCUGGACAGACCAUCGAAGUCGAUCUUGAUACUGGCUCUUCCGAUCUUUGGGUUCCAGGAUACGGUACUCAAAGUGAUUAUGGCACUUACUCGUCUAUUGCGUCAUCCACUUACCAGUUCAAAAAAGCUGGGUUCUCCAUUACUUAUGGCGAUGGCUCUCUGGCCACUGGGAAUUGGGUUACUGAUACUUUAACUUUGGGUGAUGUUUCCAUCACCCAAAUGGAAUUCGGAGACGCCACCAUACAAACCGCCGGGCAGGGGGUAUUUGGAAUUGGAAUGAUUGGUAACGAGGCUGCUCAAGGAUUUACUUAUGAUAACUUCCCGGUGAUGUUGAAAAACCAAGGGUACAUCAAUUCUGUUUGCUAUUCUCUUUAUUUGGGAUCAACAGAUGCCGACAGUGGUGAAGUGUUGUUUGGGGCGAUUGAUCAUGCUAAAUACCUGGGAAAUUUGGGGACUUUGGCAAUUCAAGAUGUCGAUGAUGCUGGUGAUACUACUUCAGAACCGGUGGCAUUCUUUGUGAACUUAAAUGGAGUUUCCAAUGCCGAUUCAGAAACUUUUGCUUCGACUAGCUAUCCUGCCCUUUUGGAUUCUGGUACGACUUUGUUCUAUGCUCCAACCGCCAUUACCGAAUCUAUCGGGAAUUAUUAUGGCGGUACCUACUCCGCUAUUCUUGGUGGGUACGUGAUAUCUUGUGAUGCUACUGGUGCCGAUCUCAAAUUAUCGUUUGAUGAUAAUCUCACCAUUACAGUUCCAUUUUCUGAUUUAGUGUUUAGCCUUUCUAGCAGUGAGUGUAUUCUUGGGGUCAUGGAUAGCGAUGAAGAUAUUUAUAUUUUGGGUGACGUGGUUUUGAGAAGUGCGUAUGUGUUUUAUGAUAUCGAAAAUAGUUACAUCAAGAUGGCGCAAGUCCUAUAUACUGAUGAUACGGAUAUCGAAAUGAUGUGA